CUCAUUCCGUCUCAUCAGCAUAGUAAAUUGACAGUAAAACAGCACAAUAAUGCAGAAGCUUUACUGUAAUUGCUCUGAUUUGUGACGUGUAACAGAAAUGUUUCAGCAAAAGGAAGGACAUUACUUUAUCUGGGUGAAUUUGAUUUAGAUUAAAAUGACUAAUUAACCAUUCAUCUUUUUUUUAGACUACACUGAUCACAGUCACGUAAAGGUAUCCACAUAAGUUUCGAAAUAUAUUUAGAUGCGAGACAGAAUAAGCACCUAUGACCAAUUCAGCAGCAUUUUCAGUGGCAUUCCCAUCUCCACUUCCCUGUAAGGUGAGGCUUAUUCCCCUGGGUGACACCCUCCCACUCUGCCAUAUAAAAGCCACCGUACCUUUGAUGGACACCCACUGCUGUCAUGGCUCAGCACGGCUCACUGGACAAAUCUGUCGGUAUUCUCAGCAUCUCUGCAGGUUCUCUCCUGCUGUUAGUGAACAGCUAUGGCAGCUCUCCUGAUAAAGACUUCAUCCCCCACACUGCACUGGGGAUAUUACUCCUCAUCAUUUCAGCCCUGGUAGCUUUCACAGGUGUCCGUCACAGUCUGUCCCACUCCCAGCUGUUUUCCAGUGUGUGUCUGACCGUCUCUGCUCUGUGGUGUGGGUUGGGUCUGGUCUACAUCCUGAUAGGACAGAGUGUGCUGCCGCUCUCUGAGCUGAAACCUUCUCUGAUCCCUGGCCUGGCGGCAUUUACGUUAGCCCUGUUCAUCAUAGGCACUGUUGCCCUCUUUGUGAAGAAACCAGUUCUUCUGGUCAUAGCUGUCAGCAUUUCCUUAGCCUGUGCCCAUCAAAUCGCUGGUCUGUCAGAUUCAGGGUUUGGUCAGUCUGCCACGGCUGCAAACUACUUUCUGGUUUGCCUUGUUUGUGCUUAUUUUGGCUUUGGACGUCUGCUGUCCACCAUCACACAGGGUAAAGUGAGACCUCCAGGUACAGUCAUGAAACAGAAAUUUGAGCUGAAAACAGAGCAGAACCAGAGCUGCAGUGAUGUAGUCAGUGUAGGUUUGGUGAUGAACUUGUUAUCUGCCUCUGUAAUAGCCUGUCCCCUGUUAGGUGUGGUCCCUCAACUCUCUGUUGGCCAUGUCCCCUGGCUUUGGACAGCUGGAGUCUUCCAGCUUGGCAUGUGUGUCCUCUUUUACCGAGCUAUGGACACACUAGCUGCGACUUUCUAUGGUUUUACAUCCCUGCUUAAAUUUGCUGAGGGUUACAGCGCUCUGUUAUCUUUGUACUCUAUUCAGCCGUUCUCCCCUGUUCCCUUCCCUGUUGUUUUUGCAGUUCUUUUCUCCGUCCUGGCACUGUUCAGCUGUCAGAAGAGCUUAUUGGAAGGCAUCUACCAGUUAUUCUUUGUAGCUUAUUGUAUUUCCAUCGCAGCCCAGCCUCAAGGCUUCUUCCAAGCAGGCACUCAGGGUGUGCAGGGUGCUAUCUUUGUAGCUACUGCUGGAGUGCUUUUUGUAACCACAUUUAACAUGGUCUCCAGUACCAGGAUUCCUACUGGGCAAAGCCACUUCAAAACUGUAGUAACCAGAAUUCGGAGUAUUACUCUCAGUGCUCUCGAUAAAGAGCGACAUACGCCUCACCUGGGCUACUCCAAGUAUGCAGAUGCAGAGGUGUUAGGCCAUGCCUGCAAUGUUCUGGCGGCUUUUGCCAUCACAGCCACAGUUGGGGACAGGAACCCUCUGGCUGUGCUGGUUCUGCCCUGGGCAGUGAUGGCUGGGGGAGUGUUGCAGCUCCUGUGUGGCUCCGUUGCAUUCGCCCGGGGUAAAACCUUUGAGAGCACAGCCUUCAUUCUCUAUGGGUUGAUGUGGACGGUGUGGGGGUUGACACGAUUUGGUGGUCUUUACGGUGAGACCAGAGGCUUCAAUGUUGCUGUUGGGAUCAUUUGCUUCAUGUUGUUUAACCUUCUGGUGACAAUUGCAGCAUUGUUUUUGAAUGUUGCCUGGUUUGUCUACGCUUUUACAUUCCAGCUCAUCCUCAUUAGCUUCCUGCUGGAUGCAAUUGGUGCACUGCCUUAUGGUUACGAUAUUGGCGUCACAAUCAUCUUUGGUCUUAUCAGUUUUUAUUGUUUCUUGGCGCACCUUUUUAACAGCACCUUCCAAUCCCCCCAAAUGCCCUUAGGAAGACCUUUAGUCAAGCUAGGUGGGUUCGAAGGAGGAGCAGGGGUCUGUCCGCAUGUACCAGCUCGCAAAGCAACAUCUGUACAACAGAUAGCAGAAAUCAUGAAAAAUGGAGGCAUCUGUGGAAUGCCAACUGACACUGUCUACGUGCUGGUAGCUGCCUGCAACAGGCCGGAUGCAGUGAUCAAAGCUUACAAGGUAAAGAAGCAGGCUCAGGACCGACCCAUGUCCAUGUGGAUCUCUUCUGUAAAGCAGCUGGAACCUGUUAGACACCUACUAAGUCCCCUGCUCCUGGACUUCAUGGAGGCUGCGUGGCCUUCAUCUAUCAGCAUGGUCAUACCCAGAGGCCCGUGGUUGGACAUAUUUGGUUUGGGAGAUGCUGCCAUACACAUCGGGACUCCACAAAGCAUUGCCAUCAGAAGCCCAGACUGUGCAGUAGCCACACAUCUUAUUAAUCUGGUGGGUCCAAUUGCAGUAACCUCGGCCAACCCCACAGGUGAGGCGGACACAACUCACCAUAACCAAGUUUACGCCAAACUAGGAAAAAAGGUGGAAGGGGUGUUGUGUGAUGGACCCUCCCCAGAAAAUAUUGCAUCUACUGUGGUUGACUGCACCAAGAUUGAAACUGGACAAAUUGGUUUCUUCAGAGUGGGCCUCAUUCCAAAAUCCAAGGUCCUCCAGAUUUUUGAGGAGGUUAAGAACCGGCACAGACAAGGGCAAACGAAUCCUGCCUUUGAAAACGAUCAAGCUCCUCCAGACACCCAAAGUGAGGAAAGUUGGGAAUGGAGUGAAAUACCUGAGUCCAGAAAUGAAACUGAAAGUGAAAAUGAAAACUCAACAUCCUUUACUACACAUGAACAGAUUACAGACCUCAAUGACUCUUAGUAUCUAUUUUUGGAACUUUAUUUUGCAUAUUUUAAAUAUGUGCUUACUUGUAUUAUGUCAAUGAAUAUAAAUGCAUGUAAUAUAUAUUAUACCUGGAUGUGGUAUUGAGUUGUAGGGUUAAAUUUACAUUUUGUUUCAUCAAAUAGCAACAUCUUAUGUACAUCAUAAACUGUAUUAAAAAAGCUAUAAAUGUAAAUGUGUAUAUUUUCAGUUGUGCUAUCUGUAUAUAUUUGAUAUAGAGCUCCUGCUGAAUAAGAAUAGCAAUAUUGAAUGUGCACUAUGUGUAUUUGAAGGAUAUUACAUGUGACAUCUCUUUUACAUAAAUACAGUCUGAUCUACAAAGUAGGUUGAUUGCAUUAAAAUACUUAAAAAAAACACGGCUCUUAAUUUAUGACAGCAAAGUUUGUUAAAAAUUAUUUUAUCUUGAUAAAUAGAACAGUAGAAUAAAGACACUUUUAAAGUUCACUUCUGUCUCUGAUAGUGAGGAAUUGCUACAUCUGUUGUUCCAAUUUGGUUUUAGACAGGUAUUAAACAUAACUUUCAUUAACGCCACACUUCUGUAUUAAAAAUGUGUUUUUAUUGGUCUGUUGUAAUAUUCUAACCUUAAAUGUUGAAAUCAUAUUGACUAUAAGCAGAAAAUCAUAAAUAACAAAAGAUUGAAAACAUAUUAUGUAAUAAAUCUAUAUAAUGGGG